AAUACCAAAUAACUAUCAAGGAUUCUUUUAAGUUUUGUCAUACAAAAUAUUUGAUAGUAUAAAAGAAGAUAGGUCGCUAUCAGACCUUAUCAUUCUAUUUGAAGACUUUGCUCAAUAAGCACACGACCAAACAAACUAAACUUCAAUAUGUUCAAAUUGUUCGCUAUCUGCACUUUGGCCUUGUUCGCUUGUGCCUCAGCUAAGCCUGCACUUUUGGCAGCUUCACCAUUCGCCUACUCUGCUCCAUUGGCCUACAAUGCUGGCUUUGCUCCAGUUGUUGCUCCCUACGCAUCCAGCUACACUGCCAGUAAUGUCAUCCAUUCCGCUGCCUAUCCAGCUGCCUACCCAGCUGCCUAUGCUGCUGCUCCAUUGGCUUAUAAUGCUCCUUUCGCUUAUGCUGCUGCUCCAGCUGUAGCUGCUGCCCCACUCGCUUACAGUGCUCCAGUUGCUGCUCCACUCGCUUACACCGCUCCAGUGGCACGUGCUUUCCCAAUUGCUCGCGCUGCCGUUCCAGUUGCCCCAGUUGCUCCAAUUGCUCCCGUUGUAUUGAAGAAGUAGAUAAUUAAGUGAACUUGUAUCAAGUGUGAUUUGGAUUAAAGAAAUUAAGACAUAUUGAAGGUAAA